AUGGGCUGGCCUCCGACUGGACCAGGCUUGAGGAACUCACAGUCCCAAACCAACGCCUCCCUCCGCGGCAGUGGGGAGUUGCGUGCAGGGGAUAGCCCACCUGCCUCCCUCAGAGCCGCUAGAGGACCCACACCUCCAGAUGGGGUGCAGAAUGUGGGGGCAGGGCAGGUCUCUGCGUGCUGCACCAUCAAAGCCCCCAAGCCCGACAAGGACGUGGUCAGCGCCCUCGCAAGCAGGAGACAAGCUCGGCGCAAGGGGAACUACCGCACCCAGAUGUGGGAUAAGCCAAAAGAGAUCUUCCUGCCCUCCACCCCCGGCCUGGGGAUGCACGUGGAAGUGAAGGACCCUGAAGGGAAGGUGACACUGUCCCGGCAGUAUGGCUCCGAGGGCCGCUUCACUUUUACUUCCCACACUCCUAGAGACCAUCAGAUCUGCCUGCGCUCCAACUCCACCAGGAUGGCCCUUUUUGCUGGUGGCAGACUGCGUGUGCACCUAGAUAUUCAAGUUGGAGAACACGCCAACAAUUAUCCAGAGAUUGCUGCCAAAGAUAAACUGACACGGCUGCAGCUGCGAGUGCGCCAACUGCUUGACCAGGUGGAGCAGAUCCAGAAAGAGCAGGACUACCAAGGGAAUGAACAAGUGAAAUCAUCUCUUCAACUCACUCUGUUCAUGCACUUGUACAGAUGA